UCAUAUGUGACAAUACGGUCACGUAGACAACAGCAGCAUCGUCACUGUCCUCACUGUGCUAUCCGAGAUGUUUAAUCCAAUGGACAACAAUUCGUCGUUUUUGAAUACGACACCAACCGCCACGGCAGGAAUCAAUGAACCAAGAACCGACCUUGAAGCAAGGAGAUACCUUCAAGAUUUGGAAGCCAAUAACCGAGCUGUCUUGCAACCAGCAAUCUUCUUUACUGGACUCGUGGGUCCAAUUUCCUUCUUCGGCAACAUCACAGUUCUCAUAGUGUACAGCAGACAGUUUAAAGAAAGCGCUACCAGAAGCUUCAUCCUAACAGUGGCUCUGUUCGACUUCCUGAGCACGGCAAUUGCUCUACCUGCUGAGAUCCUUUCUUUGUUAAACAACGCAACAUUUCCAAGUCCUCUGUUGUGUAAAUGUUAUGUAUUCAUGGAACAAUUCUGCGCCACAGCGUCAUCCGGAGCUCUGGUUGUGUUCGCUGGACACCGAUUCAGAAAGAUUUGUACUCCUUUAAAGAAUCAGAUGACUGUCACAACAGCUCGCAGUUUAAGACUAUGUGUGUGUACGUUUGCUCUUGGCUUAACCUGGCCAGCUUUCGUUUUAUAUGGGGAUCAGACUGCGAAGACACCGUUUGAGGGCGUUCUUGUCCAUGGAUGUGGCAUACAGGAUUAUUUCAAAGAUAGCAUCUUUACAAAGAUUUACAGAUGUGUUUUCUUGGCUAUGUUUACGCUGGGAGCAAUUCCCAUAGCUGUGUUAUACCUUCUUGUUGCUCGGAAGCUACUGUUGCUUCGGCGGUGUCGAUGCAAAGCUGUUCUCCCAUAUCAAAAGGUCAUGCGCGAAAUGAUAUCGACUGUGAAGCUGCGUUCGAUAUCUGAAUCCAGCAAUACAUCGUGGAGAAGAGCCAGGAUAUCGGCAAGCACUCUGAGAUAUUCAACAAACCAGUCAAAUAUGUUCACCGUACCUAAACGUACAACCCUUAUGAUCGCAACAACGACAGUCGUCAUCUACCUAAGUUUUCUACCUAACUUAAUCUUACGUGUCAUUGAACAUUUCAGUGGGGAUGUUUUGUUCAAUCAAAGCGUCGCCACGCUCAGUGUCUACCAUUUGUUUUUGAGAUUUUAUUAUCUUCACUGUGCAGCUAAUCCUAUUAUAUACAGCACAUUUAGCGUCAAAUUCAGAGAGGAAUUUCAAAAAUUGUGUGGUAUCACGCAGCGAUGUUCGACAGCCAAGAACCCAACCACGAGACCUUUUAUCAGGAGGUUUGACGACCAGGAAAUGCACAGGCUUUCUGUUUUCCAAUAAUUCUGCUUGACAAAAAGGGGGAGGUACUUUGAAUGGUGUGUUUUGUUCUGAUAACGUAUUCCAAAUUCGUUAAACAGCCAACCGUUACAGCGAUCUCUAGGACACGACUUUUAUUUCCAAAUGCCCCCUUUGCACGUAACGACUAUCACAUCCUACACAUUCAUAUGGAUUAACAAAAUAACCUUCGCCCCACCUUAGGAUAAAGGUGUAGUAACUAAUCAUACUUAUAACAACUCUCGUGUGUUUAUGGGGGUCUUAAGAGCGACUGAGUGAAUAAUGUUUGACGCCGCAAGUGAUUGAAUCCAGACAGACCAAUCAUAUUAUAAGCAACAUCUCGGUCUCUCAGGUUAGUGAGUGAGUUUAGUUUUACGCCGCUUUUAGCAAUAUUCCAGCAAUAUCACGGCGGGGGACACUAGAAAUAGGCUUCACACGUUGUGCCCAUAAGAGGAAUCGAACCCGGGUUUCGGGGAGACGAGGGAACGCCUUUACCACUAGGCUACCCCACAGCUCCCAGGUCAUCAGGCAAGUCACCGAGCCGAACUACCCGUCUUAAUGUCCUCUUACGACAAUGGGUCUCUUCUACCCAGUGAUACCAACAUGAUGUGCCUACACCAGUAAUGAGUUUUUAGGGGGCAGUUUAAAUUAAUAAGAUAAAGAAUUUGAAAAUGCAUGAAGGACCUUUGGGAGAUGUGAAAAUGGUUUCACGCUGCUUUUAGCAAUAUUCCAAUAAUAUCAUAUGUUACCUAUGCACGAAAUGGAGCAUGGCCCCUCGGGACAAGCGAACACUUUAACCAACAUUAUACCCUACCGCCCAGAUAACAGAAAGUGAUUUUGUUGGAUGGAGACAUUUUGUAGAAAAUUGUUUCAUUAUUAAUAUAUAUAUAUAUAUAUAUUACAUUAUAAAUAUAUUCACAAUCCAUAGAAUCUACAGUUAUGUUUAUAAUAUAUUAGCGCUUUCAAUUAUUAGCUAUUUUUAGAUUACAGUGAGAUUUUGUAUAUUAUAUCUGCUGUAAAAUGUCUGGUUUUGAUGCUAUCUGUUUCCUACUUCCUACUUUCUACAGGGGAAGGAAUGUAACUGAAGGAAUACUACAAAUGUUCUUCUAUUACCAUUAAAGUGUACUUAUUCUGUG